GCACCUUUAACACAGGCAAGUGUCAUCUUGUAGCAAAUGGGUUGUUGUGUUAGACCUAAAGUUUUUAUUUCAGAAAUAAAACUACAUUUUACACACUUCUCAGAUGCAUUUAUCUACUGCGACUUCAGUAUGCGCAUUUAUUGGGAAUAGAACCCAUGACUUUAAUUUAGCUAGUGCCACUCAAUACUAGUUUCUUUACAUGUGCAUUUUAGAUGCAAAAUUCAGAUUUUUGAAAUAAAAAUAAUUGCAGAUAUUUAUUUUUUUUGCACAACGUAAUAUAUUUUAUACUUGAGUAAAUGCGAUGCAUGUAGGGAGUGUGAAGAGAGACAAUCAAGCUAAAAUGUGCAUCUCAGUGUACACAGAUAAAGUGUGUACUUGCAGUCUAGUUCCUGUCUAAAACAGUUGAGAGGGUGUUAUAUUUUUUCAUUUUCAGAAAAACAUAGAGUGGGCCCCUAAGGUGGCUGCAUAUUUGCUUGGUGAGUAAGGAAUGUGGUUGCAUGCCUUACUCAUGAGCCAGAUUCAGCUCACACACAGUAAGAGAGAGAGAGAGAAACGGGGGGAGACAGAGUGAAAGUAAGCGAGAGAGGAGAGAGACAGGGCAGACUAUGCUCACGGCAAAUGAGCUCAUUCACUCUAAGGUCACACAGAGAGAGAGAGAGAGAGAGAGUAGGCGGGGAAAGACUUGAACGGAGGCUGUACAACAAUAGCGAGCUCCACUUUCAGUUGUUGCCACACAGAAUGAGAUCGAGGAAGGAUCCGUGGCGCUCCUGAGGAAAGACCACACACUUCUUCUGCCCUUAUUUCUGUGAGGGGGAUGCAUUUGUUUCUUUCCUGUGGACUUUCCCUGCUAAGUGUUGUUUUUAGGAUCUUACAUUUUUUUGUUACCCAGCAUCUUGCAGACGUAUAGUUCUCGGACUGUGGUUUGGACUAGUUGGUGCAUUCUGAGUUGGUGCGGAUGCCCCUAGACGUGGUCAUAUCCCCACCGGAGAAUUGCUUCUGGCCGGGGAUCCAGCGAACAGACAUGAGGCUCAAAAUCAGAGUCCGUAAGAUGAGGAAGGAGCGCAAGCUUAGAGGUGGUUUUGCAGCAUUCUCGUCCUGUUUUCCAGGCUUGUGUGAAGGCAAGCCAGUGGCCACUCUGCCUAUGAGCUUGUCUCAGCCAUGUCUGCCAGUGGCGAACGUUGGCCCCACACGAAUCCUGCCCCAUCUCUACCUGGGCUCACAAAAAGAUGUGCUCAACAAGGAUCUAAUGGCUCAAAACGGCAUCACAUAUGUGUUAAAUGCAAGCAACACCUGCCCAAAGCCAGAGUUCAUCUCGGAAAGCCAUUUCAUGCGUAUACCCGUCAACGACAACUACUGUGAAAAACUCCUGCCAUGGCUAGACAAAACCAACGAGUUUAUUGACAAAGCCAAGGUUUCCAACUGUCGAGUCAUUGUCCAUUGUUUAGCUGGCAUCUCCAGGUCCGCCACCAUCGCCAUUGCAUAUAUCAUGAAGACAAUGGGCUUGUCAUCAGAUGACGCGUACAGGUUUGUGAAGGACCGCAGACCUUCAAUUUCACCCAACUUUAACUUCCUGGGACAGCUGCUGGAGUUUGAGAAAGGUCUGAGGUUGCUAAAAGCUCUGUCUUCAGGUCAGGAGAAGUUGGAGCAGUUGUCAGAACCUAGAGGAGAAUCUUCCAGUGAUCCUGAAAAGGGCCGUCUGGAGGCUGAAAAGGACAGCACGGAAUUGGACGCUAAGCUGCCUUCUCCAACCUCCCUCCAGCAGGGCUUUAAUGGCUUGAAUCUGUCUGCAGAGCGUAUCCUGGACACCAACCGGCUCAAACGCUCUUUCUCACUUGACAUCAAAUCAGUCUACGAGCCCAACCACUGUCCUCGCCUCGCACCAGUGCAUACCGAAGAUGUCCCCAAACUCUGCAAGCUGGAUAGCCCAGAGGCUGGAGAAGCCAAUGGUGUAUGCCAGUACUCACCUGUUUCUGUUAGCCCCAGUUUAGCUGAAUCUCCAGGCCUCUUUCCUGAGAGCAGCUCCCGACCUCGUUCACGGAGGAAAAGCAAGCACAAUGGUAGCAGUGCUGGAAGUUCUCCUGUGCACUCGCACAGCCUAAACUUCGGACGCUCACUCCCUGCACACAAAAGUCCCAGUCUUGAUGACAAUCUGAAGCCCUCCCUGCUGCUCAGCCUUCCCACUGUGGGCACCGGGCCCAUGUGGACCAAGCAUAGAGACACUGUACAGGCCACAACCCCUGUUACGCCAACAGGUGAAGCCCCUUGGUUCUACAGUUCGGAGUCAAUGAACAGUAAUGGAGGUGGAGGAGGGGCAGUACACUUUCCUGCACUAGGCUGUAGCAGUCUCCCUGGGCCGUGUGAGGCUGUGCGUCUGCGGGAGAAGGUGGGGGAACCACGGGACUCAAGGGGUAGCUGGCACGAGGAUGCUCCCACUUCCAGUGCUGCCGAUAAGCAGUUCAAGCGGCGCAGCUGUCAGAUGGAGUUUGAAGAUGGGAUAUCAGAGACACGUUCAAGGGAAGAGCUGGGAAAGAUCAGCAAGCAAUCCAGCUUCUCUGGGAGCAUGGAAAUUAUUGAAGUAUCCUGACAUCACCUGCACAGCCCCUGGGGACUUUUACACACAGGCAGCGGACAGGCGCCACUUAUGAGCAAGGAUGACUAAGAGUGGGCCUGGAGAGGCUGUUGUGUGGAACAUUAAUAUUAGUUCGUAAUGACUGGUUCUCAGAAAUGUGACUCUGCUUUUUUUUUUUUUUUUUGUCUUUUUAAGCCAGUGGAACCGGACACAGAUUGACUUUGCUUUUGUCUUUCUACUGUUUUUAAGCCAUAGCCAUCCCCAGAUGACAACGAGCUGAGACUCCAGUUGGAGAAUCACUAAUUUCCUCACUCUAGAAACAGACCCCCCCCAGUUUCUUCAUAAAAGCUUUACCAGCCUUUUGGUGUAUUGAGAAUCAAGCAUGGCUGUUAUGCUUACACUUGUUUCUUUUAUUAUGCCGCCCUGGACUCAGUGAAGUUACACCACCACAGCACAAGGAGUCAGCAUAGACUAAGCCUUGGUGGUACAUGCUUUUACUGGCUGAAUGAAGGCCUCUUUGUGCAGUGCUCUUGUCCACCCUGGUCCUGUAUCCCAGCAUUCAUGGAAUCCUGGAGGAGGAACCAGGCAUGUCAUGAAGGAAACGCAUUGUGGGCAUUUUCCCAUAAUGUUCUCACUCUUUUGUUACCCAGAUUUCAGGGUCUUGUUCUUCCCCUCCUGUGCCCAAGUGGUGAUGCUCGAACUGUUGUGCAACCCACGUUCCUCUCACCAAGCAUGCUUCAAAGCUGCUGUUUUCCUUACAAACAAAUAGUAUAUGAACUAUACACCGUGAUUUCAAUGGACUUAUAAAGUUUUCUUUUUUUGUCAUUUUCUUAGUUACAGUUUUAAUUUAUUCUACUGGUUCAUUCUGGUAAUGAGAAAUAAUAUAAAGAUUGUGGAGUUUUUAUUUUUCCUCUUUUUUUCAGUGUUGAUCUUUCUUUUUCAGUGAUAUUUACAAAAUACACUCGCAAGACCGAAACGCAACUACAAGCAAUAUGUUUUCACUUAUUGUCCUCCUUUUUGUUUAUAAGGGAGUGCGGUUAUUACCAGGAAUUAUCUGAUGUUAAAAUGCACUUUCUUUUGCUUUAAGUGGGAAGUUUUUGGAUGUUCUCAUUAAAAGGGUACCACAACGCUUUACAGAAAAUCAUGUGUAACCAUUGAUGUCCUGCGGUGUGUGUCACAAACUAAAGCAUUUGGUAUGGCUUUCAUUUGUUUCUCCAGCCUGCUGGCUUGAAUUAUUAAAGACUUUAAUCCAGCAUGAAUAAUCUAGAGUAUUCUAGAAGAAUAUGUAUGAUAUCCCAGCAUCGUAAAAUGAGUAGCAACUCAUUUUAAUUUUCCAGAAUUUGAUUUUUGUAUUAACAAGCACACGAGACAAAAUGAAGGGAAAAAAUGACAGGGACUCUAAAGGGGUUUGUCUGUGUCCCCCAUUUGUUCUGCAUAUUUAUGAUAUUAUUUAUUGUUUGUUUGGGUCUGAUUGCGGGAGGAUGUGUGGAUGGAUGUUGUGAGUGACCCUUUGCAGAUGCUCAUAUAGCGUCUUGGAGAGAAGAUGAGCCCCUAACCUUUUAAUCCAUGACUGUGCAGCCAUAUAAAAAAAAAAAAUUACACAACUAAAUGCAUUUCAAACCUGACUGAUAGUCUGACAGAGUUAUGACUGUUGAUCAUCUAGUUUCUAUUGGAUCAUAAACUUUAUAUGUAAAACCAGUAACUGAUAAGAACAGAAUCUGCACUAUGGUGACAAUACACUCUGCUUGCUUUCUUCUCAGGGGAGCUUUUGAUGACUCAAUUACAAGUCUGGGCUCUGAGCUUUCUCUUUUCCUGCCCUUUUCAUUCAUUCACUCUCUUUCGCACCAAUUUCGUUCCAACUCUUUAUGUCCUCCACUUCCUUUUUCCCCUUCAUCCUCUCCAUUUCUCUCCGAUUCUCUAGAACGCUCCAAAGUUUAAAUAUAACAGAGGAAAGGGUGUGUGUAUGCAAAUGUGAAUGGGAUUGCCCUCUCCAUGGGAGAUAGUUCAGCAAUUUAUUUAUGUCUGUAUUUUUUCAGUUAGCUUUUCUGUAUGGCAAAUCUUGUAUUUGUGCUGCUGUAAUUGUUUUCCUUGUGUGAGACAUUACCUGUAUUUCCUUUUCCUUCCCUGUACUAUAUUUUUAAAGACAUUGUUAUCAUUAUUUAAAACAUGUAAUAAAAAGAUGCAGGCUGUCCUUUUUUGCUGAAAUUGUUAAAUAGUUGGCAACUAAUUAUUAUUAUUAUUAUUAUUAUUAUUAUUAUUAUAUGUUGUGUGAAUAGCAUCGUAUCAACAAAACUAAUUGAGAUAGGGAAUUUUUUUAAAGAAAAAAUCUUGAUACCUUAGGCUGCUUGACGCAAAAUACCUCAGGUUCUUUGGAAAAGGCUUGUUCCUCCCCAUGUACCCAUUUUGUGAUGAUGAAACAAAAUACAAACAUUACAAAAUAUGAAAAA